CUCCCGGUCUUUCCACAUUGCCCUCUACCAUCUGUCCUUGUGAUUUUAGCUGGUUGUGGUGAUCAAAAUGGAUUUCGACAGUAUUCAGCACUAUGUGCGAGAGUACUACGCGCAAGCAGCAUCUGCUUUCCAGAAAGUUCCAGGUUCAGCAGUACUGGUCCGAUACAUCCAGUCCAGCUACCAAAACGACCCCGUCAGAUCUGCCAUUGAGCUUGUGCUGGUCCUCUUCUUUAUCCGAUAUUUAUUGUCCCCAUCCUACUCGACUCACAAGCAGAACUUUGUGAAACUAAAAGAAGACGAGAUCGAGGAGCUCAUCGAUGACUGGACCCCUGACCCUCUUGUCGCCGAACCUACCGCCGUGGAAGAAUAUGAAACGGAGAGGCUACCUGUUAUUGUCGGACCUACUGGACCUAAAGUACGACUUACCAACGGCCGAACCGUGACCAACCUCGCUUCUUACAACUUCUAUAACUUUAAUGGGAAUGAGCAAUUGAAGGAAAAGGCUAUCCAAACGCUGCGUACCUAUGGUGUCGGACCCUGCGGCCCCCCACAGUUCUACGGCACUCAGGAUAUCCACGUUAAGGCAGAAGCCGAUAUCGCGGCUUACUUGGGUACAGAAGGGUGCAUUGUUUAUGCACAAGCCUUCUCAACAGUAUCGAGCGUUAUUCCUGCCUUUUGCAAGCGAGGCGAUGUGAUCAUUGCUGAUAAGGGCGUCAACUAUGCGAUUCGCAAGGGCUUACAGGUAUCUCGAAGCAACAUCAAGUGGUACAACCAUGGUGAUAUGGCUGAUCUGGAAAAAGUGAUGGCAACCGUCGUCAAAGAGCAAGCAAAGGCGAAGAAGUUGACACGACGCUUUAUUGUUACAGAAGGCCUCUUUGAGCUCACUGGCGACACAACAAAUCUCCCCAAACUAGUAGAGUUGAAGGAACGUUACAAGUUCCGGAUUAUUCUCGAUGAGACUUGGUCGUUUGGUAUUCUUGGUCGUACUGGAAGGGGCCUUACCGAAGCGCAAAACGUGGAUCCGCAACAGAUUGACAUGAUUGUCGGCUGCCUCUCGGGGCCGUUAUGCGCUGGCGGCGGCUUUUGUGCUGGCGCCAAAGAUGUUGUUGAGCACCAGCGCAUCACAUCUUCUGCUUACACCUUUUCGGCAGCCUUGCCUGCCAUGCUGGCUAUGACAGCCAGUGAAACUGUUCACCUCUUGCAGACCAAUCCAGAUAUUCUCACGCAAUGCCGCGAAAACAUCAAAACAUUGCGGGCUCAGCUCGAUCCCCGCAGCGAUUGGGUUACAUGCUCAAGCAGUGUUGAUAACCCGAUCCUGCUUUUGUUUAUUAAGCAGGAGGUUAUUCAUGCCCGCCGAUUGAGCGUAGAUGACCAGGAGCGCCUCUUGAUGGAGUGCGCUGAUGAGUCGCUUGCAAACGGAGUAAUGGUCUCGCGCCUCAAGACACGCAUCUACGCGCAUGUUAUGACAGCUAGGGACAAGGGCUGGGUUCCGCAGCCAGCCCUGAAAGUGUGUGUUACAUCUGGACUUAGCAAGAAAGAUAUCGAGAAGGCGGGAGUUACGAUUCGCCAUGCUAUUACCAAGGUUAUGACGCGCAAAACGAAUGCAAAGGCAUGAAGCGCAUGACGAGAGACUUUGAGCCAAGUGAGGGCUAAAGUUGGUUUGGCCUCCUGUUUCCAACCCAGGAUGGUCUGCAAUUUCUUGAGGAUGGUUGGAAUAUUGUAAACACUAGAGCAAACUUUGCCGUAAUAAUUAAUGCAUGUAACAGAUGUUGCUUCGUCUGGCCGAGUGAUAUGUUUUGUUGUGGUGUUUCGACUGGGAGGGCCAGGAGGAGAUUCAUGUGUAUGAAUGACGGGAUGUGAGGCUACUGGGAGCAUCAGCUACAAUUAACACCAUUUUUUUUUUGGGGGGGGGGGUUUGCAGGCAAGAAACCAACUUGGAACUAUGGUUUGUCUUUAGAUGGCGUCUGGUUUUCGGUCCCUUGGUGCUGUUGCAUUGCAUGCUACAGCUCAGCUCCUUUCCCACUGUUAGGCGCGGCGCAGGGCGUCUGAGACAGCCGCUGUGCUGCGUAAGUUGCAGAACGAACAAGAGUUGCUGUAAGUUGGUCUCAGUGAUUUCACCCGCCAGGAGGUGGACAAUAUCUUGUUCCCUAACGCACUGUUGGAAAACCGUGGCAAGAAAUAAAUAAAUUGCGUAGAAUAGCUUGUAAUUUUUAUUAUUUAAUUAUUUUCCCGCUUUCUUUCUCUUCUCCCG